UCACUGACGCUGAUCCGCGAGAGCGAGGUCAAGGCCCUGUGCGCCAAGGCCCGGGAGAUCCUGGUGGAGGAGAGCAACGUGCAGCGCGUCGACUCGCCCGUCACCGUGUGCGGGGACAUCCACGGGCAGUUCUACGACCUCAAGGAGCUGUUCCGGGUGGGUGGGGAUGUCCCAGAGACCAAUUACCUGUUCAUGGGCGACUUCGUGGACCGCGGCUUCUACAGCGUGGAGACCUUCCUGCUGCUGCUGGCGCUGAAGGUGCGGUACCCAGACCGGAUCACGCUGAUCCGCGGGAACCACGAGUCCCGGCAGAUCACGCAGGUGUGUCCUGUCACACACAUGUCACACACGUGUCACACACAUGUCACACGUGUUCAGGUGCGGUACCCGGACCGGAUCACGCUGAUCCGCGGGAAGAUUUUCUGCGUGCACGGCGGCCUCUCGCCGUCCAUCCAGACCCUGGACCAGAUCCGCACCAUCGACCGCAAGCAGGAGGUGCCGCACGACGGGCCCAUGUGUGACCUGCUCUGGUCCGACCCCGAAGACACCACGGGCUGGGGCGUGUCGCCCCGCGGCGCCGGGUACCUGUUCGGCUCGGACGUGGUGGCGCAGUUCAACGCCGCCAACGAGGUCGCCAUGAUCUGCCGCGCCCACCAGCUCGUCAUGGAGGGCUACAAGUGGCACUUCGGAGAGACCGUGCUCACCGUCUGGUCCGCGCCCAAUUACUGCUACCGGUAUGCUAAUCACAUGCUAAUUAGGCGGUAA